AUGUGUAUUAUUUAAAAAUCAUUAGAAUUGAUUGAGGAAUUGUACAAUUAUUUUGGAGAAGAAAAUAGAAAUGGAAGGGGAUUUCGUUUUGGAGAAGAAAAGAAAAAGUCAAGCAAAUUUCUUAGUGGCUAAGCCAAAGGGAGAGUAAGAGAGAGCAGUGAGGUUUAUAUGGAGACACGAAAACACAUUCAUACAUAUUCCUAAAUUAAAUUAAUUAUUUUUCUUCAUUUCCAAAAAAGAAAAAGAGUAAUUACCUUUAUUAAUAAUAUCAUCAUAACAAAAAAUUAAUUUUUGAAUUAGAUAUUUUGCUUAGGAAGUUAUAGAGGCGAUCAGAGCGGGUUUACGGAUACGCUUGUCUACUCUUUUGAGUUUUUUUUAUAAUUACUUUUCGUAAAUUCCAACGAAAUUUGGAGUUACCCAAUUUAUAUAUAUUUUCCAUUCCCCUUUUCUCUCAUAUAAUUUUUGAAUCCCAUUUUUAGUUUAGAAUUGUGCGAUUUCUAUCCAUUAGGGUUUCUUCUCUGGUUUUCGCGGAUUACAGGACGCGUGAUCACGUUCAUUUCUUCUUCAUCUUUUUCUGUUUUGAGGUGAAGUUAUGGCGUCGACUAUGGUGAUCAAGGUUAAGUAUGGGGAUACACUCAGACGAUUUAAUGCUAAGGUUAAUGAGGAUGAUGAGCUGGAGCUUGACAUGGCUGGAUUGAGGGGUAAAGUUGCUAGUCUGUUUAGUUUUAACCUUGAUGCUGAUAUGGUUAUGACCUAUGUCGAUGAAGAUGGGGACAUAGUAUCACUUGUUGAUGAUGAUGAUCUGCGUGAUGCUAUGGGGCAAAAGCUAAAAUUUUUGAGGAUUAAUGUACACCUGAACAAUGACAAAGCUAGUAGAUCAAAUGCUAGACCAAGUGGAAGUUCUACACCUUUGAGAUCUCCUCACACUCGGCAUCCUUUGGCGAAUACUAGCAUUGAUGUUGCUGAAAAGUUGAAAAAUCUUCCAGAGCCACUUGGGGCAGCACUUUUGAAGCUCUCUCUUGAUGGUGCUUCAAAAGUUGCAUCUGUAAGUCCAGUUGCAUCUGAGCUUGUUGAGUUCUUCUCGAAGAUGGGGCAGUGUUUUCUAACUCCAGAUUCAGCCUCUCCUUCUGUUGGAGAGGCUAGCACACACAGCGAGGCGGCCGAGAUCCCCAAGGUACCAUUUGCUGCUGAGAAGCCGCACUUCUCUAAGUCCUGCUCAAGCCCAAAUAACCAUCAAGCUCAUUUUUCAUUUGUUGAUCUUAAUAAACAUCCUGCUGAUUGUAAUGCAUCUGAGGCUACUUAUGUGAAGUGCACAUCAGCUGCUGUUGGUGCUGAUGAUGACAAGAAGAAGAAGAAGGUAAACAGUGAUGAAGCAAAGCCUGUUGCUUCUUCAAGUCAUGUCCCGAAAAAGCAUGUCACUUCAAGCUCUUCUGUGACCGGAAGUCAGUCAAGUCACUAUGUUAAUCCUGUCUAUGGAUGCCCCUUUUCUGGAGCACCUGUUGUAGAUAAUGCCGCCUUCCGUCCUUGCCACUCAUUUAAAAGAAAUCAUGCUGAAACCAUGAGUGGUGGAAUAUAUCAUAGAGGCAUACGCUGUGAUGGCUGUGGUGUCCAUCCUAUAACCGGAACCAGAUACAAGUCUCAAGUGAAAGAAGACUAUGACCUCUGCAGUAAUUGCUUUUCAGAAAUGGGUAAAGAAGCAGAUUAUGUAAGAAUUGACCACCCAGUUUCUUUCCGCCAUCCACGGCUAUUCAAGGGACCUCUUGGACCUUCUGUGAAUUUGCCAAAAACAGUAGGCAGAGCUUCUAUUCUGAGAGGUUGUAAGCCAAUUACUAGACCUAUUAAGUCUGACAGGAGGCUUGACAGUCGUUUUGUUUUGGAUGUUAACGUGGCGGAUGGUACCCUGAUGGCUCCAUAUACCCCGUUUACCAAAAUAUGGCGGAUGCAGAACAAUGGUGGUGCAGUGUGGCCUCAAGGAACCCAUCUUGUAUGCGUUGGAGGAGAACUUAUUGCAGUUUCUACUAAGGUGGAGUUGGAGAUUCCUGCCGACGGUGUUCCUGUGAACAAUGAGCUUGACAUUGCUGCUGAUUUUACUGCACCUAAAAUGCCUGGUCGAUACAUCUCAUACUGGAUGUUGGCUUCUCCGACUGGCCAGAAGUUCGGGCAACGUGUUUGGGUUCUUAUUGAGGUGGAUGAUUCUUUGAAGGACUCUUUAUCUUCAAGUCUCCAAAGUGUGGCCUCAGACCAACCUCCAUCAAUCAGUGGCGACAGAGGCUCUCAACCAGUCAAAUUUGAUCUAAAUACAGAUGCUGAGCCUGACCUUCUCAGGCGUUGGUCGACAUCUUUCACUGGUGGUGUUUCAGUACCUGUAGAAGUUUCAGCUCCCGUAGAAGCUAAUCCCGUGUUUGGAUGGAAUUUUAAAGAUGAACUGGAGAAUAACUUUCCCAUCAAUGACAGCUUGCUGGUUGUUGAUCAAGGUGUUACAAUUUCUCCCACAAAUGAGGCAGAGUCAUCUGUGUCUCACCUAUAUGUUGAUAUGAGAGACGAUGCAACUGCACCAGCUUUGGAACCUGCAACUUUCACUACUGAGGUGGUGCCAUCUAUGUCUUAUCCAAAUGUUGAUUUGAGAGAGGAUGUAACUGCACCAGCUUUGGAACCUGCAACUCCCACAACUGAGGUGGUGCCAUCUGUGUCUUAUCCGAUUGUUGAUUUGAGAGAGGAUGCAACUGCACCAACUUCCACAACUGCUCCUGUAUUGGCUCCACUCCCUGAAAUCGUGGUCAGUGCGCCAUCGUCUUCAUUAUCUCUUGUUAAUCCAACAGCUGCUAUUCAAAUGAGCAGCAGCUCUAACAAUGCUACCUUAGAGGAGAAUCUUCUUAUUGAACUUCAAGAGAUGGGGUUUAGGCAGACGGAGCUAAACAAAGAGAUCUUACGGAUGAAUAAAUAUGAUCUGGAGAAGUCCCUGGAUGAUCUUUGUGGUGUUGCUGAGUGGGAUCCCAUUCUUGAGGAGUUGACAGAAAUGGGCUUCUGUGACACUGAAACGAACAGAAAACUUCUUGUAAAGAACAAUGGAAGUAUCAAGCGGGUAGUGAUGGACCUUGUCAAUGGAGAGGGUGCCUAAGCUAAAGAAAGACCUAUCUAAUCUAGUUACCUAACAGUAUAUAGAUAUUUCAUCUACUAUCUUAGUAUAUAUGUUUGGAAUAAAUAUGACACUUUGUGCCAUUUAUGUUUAGUUUUCUAUGCUUGGGUUUCUUUCUACAAGAGUAUUUAGAUUAUGGACAAAAGGGUUUGUCUUUGUCAGACAUUUUUUUAUGUUAAUAUUUUGCUUAUUAAAUAAAAUUAGUAAAUAAACAUUUUAUA